GACAUGCUAAUGAGCCGACCAGGUGUUUCGAUCGCUGCAAAGAAACGAGGAAGCUGCGCCUGGUCUAUCAGCUCAGACCACAUCAUUACGGCAGGUUCAUGGCUUCAUCGACGUCCCCUGGCUCGUUCUCACAGGAGGCAGUAGCCCAGCAUUGCACCGAGGACUCGUGCUGGGUAUUAUUAGGGAAUCGGGUCUAUGAUGUGACGGAAUUCCUUCGAUUGCACCUGGGCGGAGAGGCUGUGAUUUUGCGCCACUCAGGGACAGACGUGAGCCAGUUGAUGAGCGGACCCCCGCAUCGGCAUUCUGAGAACGCCCGGCGGUGGAUGGAGCAAUACUACAUAGGUGACAUGGAGAGAAACUGUGCACUUGCAGAAACAGAGGUCCCGAGGAAGAGGAGGAGGUGUCCAGAGAAGGCAGAGGAGAUGGCGCCACCAUCAGCUGCCAGCCACAGCAGAGUUGACCCUGAGACGGACUUGGUGGACUGGCAGCAGCCACUGGCCUGGCAGGUGGGCCACCUGGGCGAGAAGUACGAUGCCUGGGUUCACCAACCGGUGGACCGUCCCCUACGCCUCUUUCAGUCUCCGCUGCUCGAGGCCACCACCAAGACAUCCUGGUACAUGGUGCCUUUGGUGUGGAUACCAGUGGUGUUCUAUCUCAGCUGGUACUGCUACACCUCCUUGGCAGAAGAAAAGACUAGACUUUUCCUCACAAGAGAAUACUCUGUUGUGGUCCACCAGUACAGUUUCCCCAUCAUCUUCCUCCUGGGCGUGUUUCUGUGGACCUUCCUGGAGUACUGCAUCCACCGCUUUGUGUUCCACAUGCGCCCUCCCGCCCACAGCUAUUACCUCAUCACCAUUCACUUCCUGCUGCAUGGCCAGCACCACAAGUCCCCGUUCGACCGCUCCCGGCUGGUCUUCCCCCCAGGCCUGGCCUCUCCCUUCAUUGGGGGUUUAUACCUGCUUUUCACCGUGAUCUUCCCCGAGGGGCUGAGCCUGUGCCUCUUCACCGGAGGCCUCGGAGGCUACGUGGUGUACGACCUCAUCCACUACUACCUCCAUUACGGCUCCCCGCAGCCGGGCAGUUACCUGUACGGACUGAAGGCGUACCACAUCAAGCACCACUUCAAACACCAGAGAGCAGGUUUUGGAAUCACCACCUCGUUGUGGGACCACCCUUUCAGCACCGUGAUCCUGGAAGAGCCUUCGGAACACGACGGCCAACCGUCUCCGUCUCCGACCUCCUCCUGGUUCCGCUUCCUGUUCUGCCUCCACGCUCUCCACAGCGACGUGAGGAUGACGUCAGAGGCUCAGCUGCAGCACAGGGGCUCUUCGGCCCUGGCGAUGGCACUGAAGGCGGGCUCCUGGACUCCGGUCAGCUGUCCCUGCUGCCACAACGACCAGGUGGAGCCGCUGGUCAUGAUCCAACUGGCACCCAAAGUCAAGCCCGCCACGAAGAAGUGGAUCAUCUCCCGGAUUGAGGCCCCGGAGGCGGAGGGAGGGGCGCAGCUGCUGGCCCACCCCGGGGAGGACAGCGAUGGGGACGUCAUCUUGGUGGCAGCGCCGCGCUGCACGCUCCUGCGCGUCACAGAGGACCUCGGCCUCUGCAAGCCCUACAAGGACGGCAGCAUGGCCGCCUUCUCCUACCAGGACCGCGACAGCUUCAAGAAUGUCGAUAACAUGCAGGAGUUUUUGACGGCAGCUGAGCGGCAGUUUGUUGUGAAGUACGAAUUGGAUUCAUUGAAUGUUGAGAAAGACCAACACAUUCCUGGGAUGCCGCUGUCCAAGGGACUUCUGCAAGCCAGAGAGAGCAUUAUUCAGAAGCUGCAGAAGUUUGGGGUGGUGCUAUCGGUCUUCCCCCUCCAUGACCAAAGGAGCCUGGAUGACUUGGCAAAGAGCUGGUACACCAGGAAGCAACUAUGGGGCCAACCACUGGACUCCAUCAACGCCUACUUCGGUGGCAGGGUGGCGUUUUACUUCAGCUUCCUGGACUUCUACACCUGGGCCCUGGUGCUCCCUGCGGCGCUGGGCCUGGUCCUGGCGUUCCUGCCGGGAGAAGGGCCCAAGGCGGGGGUGCAGGGGGAGGACGAGGACGAGGGCCCCUCGGUCAGAGGCCUGAUGGUGCAGGCGGUGUUCAGCAUGCUCUGGUCCACGGUGGUCAUGGAGCUGUGGAAGCGGCGGAGCUCCUCCCUGUCCUACUACUGGGGGACGCUGCACCUGGCCGAGCGGUUCGCCGAACCGCGGCCCGGUUUCCACGGCACCGUGGGCCAGAGCCCAAUCACGGGCCGGAUGGAGCCCCUCUUCCCGGAGUGGAGGCGGAAGCUGAGGAUCGGGCUGGUCUCCGCUCCCGUAGUGGGCCUCUUCCUGGGGAUGGUGGUCCUGGGCAUCGCCGGGUUCUACUGGGGCGAGGCGGCGGUUCAGGGCCUCAACGCCGAGUACGACUCCCUGCUGACGGCCGGGCUCCUCUACGUGCCCUCCCUCACGCACAUCCUGUACGUCAACGUGCUCGGGACCGUCUACGGCAAAGUGUCGCAUCUGCUCACCGAGUGGGAGAACCACAGAGAGGAGUCUGCCUUCCAGAACCACCUCACCGUCAAGGCCCUCCUGUUCACGUUCUUCAACUACUUUGCCAUUUUGUUCCACAUCGCCUUCUUCAAGCAGGACCUGCCGCUAUUGCGCAAGAGACUGUCCUCUCUGCUGAUCGUGACCCAGCUGGUCAGCCAGUGCACGGAGGUCCUGGUUCCGUUCCUGGUGGACCGCUUCUUCGGCACUUCAGCUAAGAAGCUGCAGGAAGAUGACCCAGAAGUGGACCGCAUAAGGGCGCAAACCAGUCUGCCUCCAUUCCCUGGCCUGUUUUCAGAGUACAUCGAGCUCCUGGUGCAGUAUGGGUACCUGAGUCUUUUUUCGUGUGUGUACCCCCUCACCGCCGUCUUCCUGCUCCUCAACAACGUGACCGAGAUGCGCACCGACGCCUUCAAGAUCUGCAGACUCUUCCAGAAGCCCUUCUCCGCCCCCGUGGCUAGCAUGGGGGUGUGGCAGGCUGCAUUUGAGAUUCUGGGCUUUGUCUCGGUCAUAUCCAACUGCUGGCUGCUCCUGCUGUCUCCGCGGGUGAAACUGUUCUGCCAGGAGGGCGGUUUCAGCAGUCGAAAUGCCCUGCUCUUUGCCAUCCUAAUAGAGCACAUCCUGAUCCUGAUAAAGAUGAUUCUGUCCUUUGCGAUCCCGGACGAGCCCGACUGGAUCAGGAAAAAGAGGGACGAGAUCGAGUUCCACUCCCUGCAGGCCCUCAACCAGCAGAAGCAGUGACGGUGCCAGGAUUACAUGUGUUCUGGGCAGUGCGCCCUGACCUCGGCUUAACACCACGGGUUUGUAUCAGCUCCACAAUGAAUCAGGCGGGUGUAGGGAGGAGACGGACUGGAGGCUCUAGUUAUACAGACAAAGCCAACCGAGGCUCUGCGACCUGGAUUCCAACACAUCGCCCCCUGGAGGACACAUCAUGCCACUGCCUGGGAGGACCAGAGUUUCAAAAUGAGAGAAAAUGCCCUUGAAGCAAGACGUCCUGUACAGAGAAAUCUCUGACAGGAGAAAUAAAGUAUUUAUUGUGUUUUAUCUUAUCUUCAGUUUCUCUAAACUGAAAUUCCAGAGUUGCACAUGAAUAUUAGUCACACACAAAUGGUGCAUAAAUGUUUUGAAAAUGAAGCAAGCGAUUUUAACUGCAUCUGCAUAGUAUUUAUUGCUUAAAAUGUCACUUGUGGACUGAUCCCGGCCGUACGGCAGAUCUCAGAUCAGGGCGCCGUUUAAGGCAGUGUUUAUGGCUGAAAGUAUAAUCAGCACAAAUGUCAGUCAUCAGGGCUGAACUACAGGUGUUAAGUAACCAAAGAAGGGAGAGGAUCGCUGAAUUAAGAUGACUGGUUAAACUGUGGUUGAAUAUUCGUAUGGUACACUGUGCAGCUGAGGCCUAUAGUCAUAUAACAGCUAUAAAAUGCACUGAACUACUGAAACUGGUGUAUAUUCUCUGUCCUGCUGUAUAUGGCACUGACUCUCAGCAUACACACACACACACACGCACACACUUUAUGGUUGAAACAAUUCAAUAAAUAAAUGUAAGACUAAUACACUCA